CUGCUGCACAUAAAAACUGAGCAAAAGCAAAACUAAGCACUCAGAAUAAACAUGCUAUGAUGAAACAGAGGACUUAUGUUGAGCAAAAUCUCUAAACUCUGUGGGUCAUGUGAAGUCUAGUUAAAAUUUUGAACUGACAGCUUAUGUUCAGUUCUCCUUUUUAUGAGGUACUUCUUAGUGAAAGAGGUGAGAAUAAGCUAUAGACAUUCACGAGGUACAAUGUACAAUCAGCUGAAAGUUAUCGUCACUGUACUGAACCUUUUUCUUCUCCUUACCAAAGAAGGUUUUACAAAAGGAGAAUGCAUUGUAACCGUAACUCAAGAAAGCCUGAUUGAAGUAGAAAACUCUUCCAGUUCGGUUGUGAUACCUUGCACUUUUUCCUCUACUGGAUGUGAUCUUUCCACACUUGAUGCCAUAUGGUUUAGAUACAAUCAAAACUCACAUGAAGAGUUGUCCUUAAACCAGCAACCUGAAAAAUAUAAACUGAAUAAAAACACAUCUCAGCAAACUGCUUCCCUUGAAAUCAAGUCAGUAAUAUCACGGGACAGUGGGCACUACAUCUGUGGAAUUGCAUUUCUGUCAUCAGACUCCCCCGGAUCUAAACAAACGGGCACAGGGACUGACUUAGUGGUAAGAGAGACAAAGAAUAUUAUUUUCAAAAAAGAGAAGAUCCUGUUGUCUGUUCUCUUUGCACUUUUGGUUUUAUACAGCAUUGCAAUAUCUGUUCUUCUGUUUAUCUGUCAGAGUAAGUCAGAAACUACAGAAGAUGCUAAGAAGAAGAAGAAGAAAGCUUCUGAACAAGAAGACAAGCAACAAAAAGAGAAUACUACACGUCGAGUUUUUCAAAACAUUGCUCAAGAACUGUACAAUAAAAAAUAUGUAUGGAAGAACCAACGGUCUCAACAAGAACCUUCAGUAGAAAUUGAUGACAUCUAUCAAAACUCAUGAUUCCUUGAACAACAGAACAGACAGAAAGUCUUUCAACAGGGAGGAAUUGAAAUCUAAAACACUUUGUAGUGCCGUGUAAUUUAAUCAGAUCCAUAAUGCUGCCUUUACUUAUUGUACCUGGGUGAAGCAGCCAACAGUGUCAUGUGAUAUAUUCCCAGACUGUCCAGUCAUGUACCUUAUCUUGUGGAGAAAUGGAAUCCUUGCUACAGAGAGAAUAGACUCACAGGAGAAGCCAGGUGUUUUGAGUUCUAUGAAUGAGUAAGCAUGCUAUACUAGCUAUAAAACAUGCCAAAAAGUUAGACUAAGAAGAUGCAAGUGUUUCCAAAUCCAUGCACCACGACUGACAACAGAAGGUAUUCAGCAUGUUAAUUUACCUCCAGGUGCCUGUUUCUUAAGAAAUAUUGCUCAACAAGUCAAUUCUAUUUAACAGCUACAAUAAAGAAAACAAAAUUCGUUAAAGCAGAGAGACAGAAACUGAGUGUUAUCACUGUACCAGAUGGUAGAUCCAGAAUGCAUUCAGGUCAACAUUUCAAUUCAGGGAAGGAAAUGAAGCACCUUAGAUCAUUACAGUUCCAAAACUGUUUAAAAUGAAGCACCUUAGAUCAUUAUGGUUCCUAAACUGUUUAAAACUGUUAACUUUCUUUUAACAUCGUCUUGUAUGUCCCUGAUCUUUGGACGAUCAUCAUGUUGUACUUAUUUACAAAAGUUAACGACUGAUUUGGUGUUCAUCUACUAUCCUAUUCAUUUACUGUAUUUCACCACCACAGUUAAUGAAAUCUAUGGGAGCGUUUGUCUACCGAAUUCACGGAAUGUGGAAUUUUGGAUCUCCACCAAUACAGAGCUAAUGAAAGCCAGCAAUGACAAUUAAUUAGAUUUGUUUUUUAAUUACUUAAAAGAACCUUAGAUCUAGUUGUGUACUGCAUUUCAUUAAUUUCAUUAAUCUAGACAUAAAUAAGGCUUUGGAUCAGGCUGGCCUUUUCAAACUGCAAAAUAAAUUGUCUGAUAUAGUUUUCCAAAUUGGUUUCUUCAAUUUCCUCCUGGUUGAUAGGGAGGAAAAGGUAAAGUUUUUAGGAUACCAGAAGGGCUCCCUAUUGAAAUAUCAGCACUCGAAAUGCCAACAAGCAGAAGAAAAAAAAAAAAACAGAAAGCACAGGAGAAGAGCAAAUCUCGAAAAUCACUCUUCUUAAAAUUUCUUUACUGAUUCGCACUAGACUCACUGUAGCAGGUCUUGACAUUUCAAAUGGUUCUGAGCCUAACUCUGUUAAAAUGUAUGUGCAUAAUGCUGAAUUACCUAAUAGCAUUUAGCACACAGAAACUGCAGAUAUUAUUUAGAUGGUGACAUUUAUUAACAAUGUAAAGGAUGCUUUCAAAUUCAACUCUUAGCUUGAUGCAUUUCCAUGUUAAGCAAAUAAAAAAAUAAAUAAAUGACAUGGAACUUAAUACUGCCAAUAUAAAUCAUAACAUAUUUUCAGUGUAGAGUUUAAUGCCUCAUUAUUUCAUGUAGAUGAUGGCUAUCUAAUUCUAGGUAUCAGCACUGAUAGGUCUGUGACCUUAAAUCCCAUACUAAGGAUGUCAGCAGUAAAUCAAAAGUGUUACCUGUAUUUAAAAGUACAACCUGAGUCAAAUUCAGCUGUUGUGCAUUUGUUCAGUCAGCCUAUCAGGUGGUGUUUUAAGGUCAAGAUGGUACAAAUCCAGACUUGUGUAACUAAAAAUUAAGCUAAGUUUCUUAUAUGUCUUAUAAAAAUCUGAUGAUCUGUGUUUAUGUGUGUGAAGCUACAUAUGGAUUCUGUAGUGUAAUGCCUGCAAUAUCUGCCUCUUAUGUAGACGGUCAUGAGUUCAGACUCCAGUGGAACGAUUAUUGUUGACAGCACUAAGGUUAAGAUCCUGACCUGUCAACGGUCUGUUUCCUGCAGUUCAGGGUUUGAUUCUUUUUUGCCUACUGUGUGUGUUGGAGGAAACCAGGUUCCAUGACGAUGCCAUGGACUGCAUGCCUAAAAAGUACUUAUGAACUUCAGCAGCUUCGUGUCGGUUUAUUAAACGUUUAGUUUUUUUUUUUAAGGUCUAGGUUUAAGUACAGUUUCAUCUAGUUAUAGUUUAAAGGGCAUAAACAGACUCAAAUAGGUGACUAUGCAUUUAGAUGAAAAGUAUUUUUUGAAUCUCCAUUAAGGGUAGUAGGCAUUUCAGUUAGUUUACCUGAUACAAUUAAGGCAACUAACACACUGGUCAGGUUUAAGGAUUUGGAUAAUUACAUGAAGGAAAUGUGACAUCCGAUAUAUACGUUAUACAGCAGCUCAUGUGCCACUGAGAAACAAGCUACACUCCGCGACAGUUUGUCUUGAAAAUUGUGUUAACCUCCAUUGUGUGUUGUGUAAUAUAUUGGCUCCUCCUGUUUGUUGUCAUUAUUUUUUUUUGACAGGCAUAAAGCUCUACAUAGACAUAAAUUCUUUCUUCUGCUACUGUGGACAAUUUCUAAGUAUAAUUAAAUGUGAAUGGGACCUAAAUGCUGUACCUGUUUUAGGAUUCUGUAAUAUGUGAUGCUAAAUGUAGGCUGAGUUUGUUAUUGUGAAUAUAUUGAAACUGAAGGUUAAUUUGAA